AUGGAAAAACAAGAUUUUUUAGAAACGGGUGAGAUGAAUAAUUUACCAAUUGAAAGCUCUAUACAUAGAGAAGACACGUUGGACGAUUAUGAUUUGUUUCUAUUGGCCCAAUUGGACAAUAUAACGAAUCAAUUAGCCGCCGACACUUAUGAUAUACCAAUGUUACAUAACCUAGAUUUAACUUCGCACGAAUCAGAAAAUUCAAAUAAUAUAUUACCAGAACCGGAACAAAUUCUUGAUGAAAAUAUUAUUUUGAAUAACGUUCAAGAAUUAACUUCGCACAUACCAGAAGCGUCGAACAAUUGCGUACAAGAUGCUAUAAAUAAUGGAAAUAUGAUACAAAAACAUAUAGACGAAAGCAGUAAUUUGUAUCAAGUAUGGUAUAAAAUCGAAAAUGGAAAACACGUCAAGUCGUGGAUGUGUAAUGUUUGUCAAAAGGUGUUUAUUCAUCAUUAUACUUUAAUGAGACAUUUGACGACACACAAAGAUGAAAGGAAGUACCAGUGCAUAACCUGUGGUAAAGCAUUUAACCAGAUGUCGACUCUCUGUCAACACAGAGCAGUCCAUUCUACGGAGAGACCUUACAUAUGCGAAAUUUGCAAAAAGACUUUUAACCGCGUUUCUACUUUGAUUUCCCAUAGAAAAACGCAUACCGGUCUCAAACCACACGCGUGUCAUUUGUGUACCAAAGCGUUCCACCAGAAAGGAAAUUUACGGAAUCACAUUUUCACUCAUACUAAUGCCAGACCGCACAAAUGCGAUAUUUGCGAAAAGGGAUUUAAUCAAAUGUCAAAUUUGAUGUGUCACAAAAUAAAAGCGCAUCAGAUAACGGAAAAACCGAAAUAUAUAUGUCAAGUGUGCAAUAAACGUUAUGCCAAACAUAUAAUUUUAAAAUUGCACGAACAGUAUUGCCACAAGAUGAUUAGUACAUCGAUACUAUCAACAGAAGACAAACAACAUAAUACAAACGCCAUUUUUGUUGAACCAAUAAACACCGAAGCCAUGAGACUUGCCAUCGAAUCUAACGUUAUACCAUUCGCUCUUUUUUGUCCUGAAAACGGAGUACCCGUAUUGGUAACUGUAGUACCUGCAGGCGAAAAACAAAUGUUGCUUCCCGCUUCUGUAGAAGAUUUAAAGAGUCUUUGUUCUUUAUCGAAUAAUUGCAAAAACGACAAAACUUCUGUCGAAGGCAAAUUACAAGUGAAGAUACCUAUAGUGGCAACUGUUGUCCAGCAAAACGAUUUUGGAGGUAAAUUGUCAAUAUCAGUUGUCAAUCCUGGACCCAAUCAACUUUUCGGAAAUCAUUCUGAAAUAAUAUCUUUCAAAGUAGAUAAUUUCGCCAACGGUUCCACGUUUACAAAUUAUGACGAAAAUACUUUUUCAGUUAUGGGUGAAAGGUAUUAA